CUUGUUGGUGAUGGAGCGUCCGGAGCGCUCUCAGGACCUCUCUCACUUAAUCACAGCGUGGAGGUUCCUGCCGGAGGAGAUGGCGUGGGGGCUGUUCCGCCAGGUGCUGAAGGCCGUGCGGCACUGCAGCAGCUGCGGCAUCCUGCACCGGGACAUCAAGCCCCAGAACAUCGUCCUCGACCUGACCACCGGCGAGGCGAAGCUCAUUGACUUUGGAUGUGGCACGUUCCUUCAGGACACGGCCUACACCCAGCUUGCAGGAACACCGUUGUACAGCCCACCAGAGUGGAUCUGGCUCAAAAGCUACCACGGCAAGGCAGCAACAAUCUGGUCCCUGGGCAUCCUGCUCUACCAGAUGGUCUGCGGGCAGCACCCUUUCUGGAAAGGCAGGAGCACCAUCUGGGGCCAGCUCCCGUUCCCACGACGGGUCUCUCGAGGGUGCCAGCACCUUAUCACGUGCUGUUUGUCCACCCUCCCCUCGGACAGGCCAUUGUUGGAAGACCUAUUCUGCCAUCCUUGGGUGCAGGGUGUUCAGCUGCCCUAGGAGACGGGAGAGAUCCACGUGCUCCGUUUGAUCCAGGGGCCUGACAGCUGGGGCCCUCAGCAGAACGCUGACAGCCUGGUCUCGCCCACAGGGAAGGAGAAGGGGCCUCUGGAGAAGCUGUGCCAGGUGGGCCUGCUGCUGGAGACAUGAAGGACGGCACCAAGGACAUCAAGCUCUUGGUUGACCGGGACGCUGGCGAGCUGAAGAUGAUGGCCUUUGAUUGUGGCCCCUUCCUCCAAGCUGUG